AUGGCGCGAGGCAAGGACAACGAUGAGCCCUCCAAAACACAGGACUGCAAGAAGCGCCACCAGGAACGUGCGCGAAAAGCGUGGGCAAGUGAACGCUCAUCGCUCUCGGAUCCCGAAAAGCUUGAAGUUGUCAGGAUGAAUGACCCAGAAAACCGCAAAAAGGUUAAAGGAGCUGUGGAAAUGUUUAAAGGUGGCAACACAGGGCCUGCUCGUGACAUCAAGCCAUUGGAGUUUCCAGUCCUUCUCAUGCCAAACGGCAAUGGACAGUUCAUGCUCAGAUACGACCAGUUCACUGCAGUCGUUGGAAUUAGCCGUCUGCCAUUGGAAUGGGACGGCAAAAAGGGAACCCCCUUGAAAGACUCGAACUGUCCGAAGAAGGUCCGGGAGCUCUACAGCUUUUGGCUCCUGAAGCUAUUCCGACCCUUGAUGAGAAUCUAUCAUCCCGGCCUCCAUGAUUCCAAUCUUCGAGACACCAAGUCAUCCGAGUUUGAGAAACUGUUCUGGGACAAGCCUCCCGCGGAUUAUGGCAACUACAUUUCCGAACUCGAGAAGGAACCCUCGGUGGUUAUCCCGGUGGAAGGCACAACAGAGGAUGCAUACAAGCAACACUUUCUGAAUGUGGUGAAUAUGCAUCGCGCCCAACUAAACAAGAGACCCCUGGACUCAAAUGACCUCGAGCUGGUUCUGGCAGAGGAAUCGGACGAGGAUUCCGAUAGUGGCGAGGAGAACACUGAAUCUUUCAAACGGCAGGCUGAAGAUGAAGAUCCAGUGCCCGGUUCAUCUUCUCCAAAGCGCCGGAAGAUUGAUGACGCCCAGUCUGGAGACUGCAAGGCGGAGAUACGAGAACUCAAAAAGAAACUGGCACAGUUGCAAGAUGAACAACUUACCCAUGAUCUGCGGCAACUUAGAUCCAAGAAGGAUAAAAUGAUCUCGAAGAAAGACCAUGCCCAAAGCCUGGUCCCGGACAAGGAGCACGACCAACGUGAGCAUUCUGAGGAUGUUACCCAAAUUGUUCCCCAGGAUACCAUCGCCCAGGUCCAGGAGGAUACUACUCGAGUUCAGGAUACUACCGCCCAAGUUCUCCCCUGGGAUGAUGCUCCUUCAGUCCAGGAGGGUGCUAUCCAAGUACAGGAGAAUACUGCCCCGGUUCUUGGAGAUGCUCCCUCGGUCCAGGAUGGUCCUAGCCAAGUCCAGGACAAUGCUCCCCCGGUUCAGGGGGACCCUGGUACGGCCUUUGACCAGAAAAAUAAUGGCGGAAUGCUUGUGGAGGCCGAGAUCACCCCCCGGGGUCAUGAGACCUUUGGAGCGUUGAGACUGCGCGAAGCACCCCAAGAGUACGGAAGACACAUGCCUACGGUGUACGACCUUUGUCGCGACAGGGACUCGAGUCCAUCACCUUCGCUCAAGGGGCAUCAAAACCGAAGAGGUAUGUCUGCGACCUGGGAACCUGCUAUUGGUAGCAGACCGAGUCCUUCAGCUUUGGUCAACGAGUUGCCGCUCCGAACUCGGAUGGACAGACUCGAGCGGCAGCUGGGUGAGGUGCGUGGACAGGUCAAAUCCACGAAUGAUGCAGUAAUUUCAAUCCGAGACACAAUUGAGAGGCUAUAUCAGUUCCAGGAGGACGCCUUGGUCUCCCAGGAGGAACAUUAUCGCUCAAUUGUCUCUUUACUGCAGAGUGUGUUACCAGCUGGUGUGAUCCAGCCUGAUUUGGACUUGGGAGAUUGA